UGUCACAAAGGUUUCCACAAUAGUUUGAAGAUUUUCUACAUAAAAAGACAAUGGGAAAUACCACCAGUGUUACACAAUGAUUGCCUUUGUUAUCACACUGAUCGUGGGCUUGCCACUGGGGCAUGCAUUCAGUGUUUCUCAGCCAUACUUUGCCGUUGGGGUACAGGGACAAGUGUCUUUUCAUUGCACAAUUAACGCUAAGAAUCAGCCAGAAGAAAUGAGAGUGUCUGUAUAUAAAGGACAAUAUGGGGAACAAAGGAUCUGCAGUGCCUUUGUCAAUAUAUCAGAUCCUCACAUAGAGACAAAUGGUGAAGUCUUCUGCAGAGGUAAUGUAAGCAAAGGCCAAGUGGACCUGACCAUCUUCGGCUUGAGGGGAAAGGACACUGAUAUUUAUCGAUGCAAAAUAGAUUUGCUUUUCCCACCACCGUAUGUUGGCAAGUUUGGGAAUGGCACGCUGGUGUAUGUACAAGAGAGCCCAGACUGUCCCCCUCAACACAUACAAGCUAGGAUUCAGGAAAUCCCCGAGAACAAAUAUGACCAAACCCUUUCAUUUCCCAACAUUGUGCUCUAUGCUAUUCUCAUAACCACCACCAUCACCCUCAUUCUGCAGGUGAUGAAAAUGAUCUUGAAGCAACGGAACUCCAAACACCUGACACAAACAAUUACACAGAAAGGCAAUUACAGUAACUUUUGGUGAUAUGUACUAUACUUAUCAGUGAUAUUCAUUUGUUCCUGCAUUACCAAAGAAUUAUACUCUUAUACUAUAAUAGUAAUAAAAUAUCACUAUUUCCUUUUUUAUCUGAAGGCAGAUAAAUAUGUCAGCUUGUU